ACCCGUCAUCCUGGCCCACAAAAAUGCAAGACUACGUAGUAGGAUCAGACACGUCCAGAUAUAUGAAUUGUGCCCUCGCUGGAUUUGUGAAUAUUGUCUCGCACGGUUACUUGGGAACUUGAAAAAGGCGUAGUAGAGUAAAAUAGUAGAAAAGUCGGGUGCCGGUUGGAUAUUACAUAUACAGGCGGUGUCUUUCAUCGGUAACCACACGUUCGUCCUGUGGAGUUCUUGGCCGAACCAUUCUGUAUCGAGAUUUUGUUGCGUGGUGCUGUCCCACACGAUUUUCGUACCUCACAGGCCCCAUCCAGAUUUUUUUUGGGCGUAGAAAUGAUGAUUCUAUCAGCGCUUUUGCUCUCUGCAUGCCUCCACCUGACCAGGGGUAGGAGCGUACUUGAGAUGGACAUGGACAACGAGAUAAACGUGAACCCCCACAACGACUGGGUGAAAAUAAAUCAAACGCCGAAGAGGCACAUAACCAAAAACCACGGCCAACGUUUAGAGCUCGAAUGCGAGGCCAUGGGAUCUCCUCCACCUACAAUCCAAUGGUACAAAGAAGACAGACUGUUAACAGUACCAGUGAACAUCGAUCGUUACGAAAACAACAUCGUGAACGCUGUAUCUUCUCAAGGGUUGGCGAGUGUGAAAAGCAGGCUGGUACUGAACUACCUUCUACCUGUGCACGAUGGGACCUUCAGAUGUUUAGCUGAAAGCGGGUCUGAAAAAGCAGUUGCAGAAAGCAGGGUUUACGUGAUAAACAAGGAUGAUAUCCAGAUGAAUUUCACCACUUUGGUCCAGAAGAACAUACUAGGCGCUCAUCAUAAGCCCAGGGUCACUCUCUGGUCCCCAACCUACAUGGAUGUUAUUGGACGUGAAAUCCUCUUACCUUGCCAGGGUGUGGGAAAUCCAAGGCCCCAAAUUCAAUGGGUUGGCCCUAUGGGUUUAAUCGGAGAAGGAGAGGGUAGGAUUUCCAUGUUAUCAAACGGGGAAUUGAGAAUACGCUCUGUCACUUGGUCCGACAUGGGAGGGUAUAUCUGCAUUGCCAAAAAUCACUUAGGAGAGGAUUCAGCGGAAACUUUCUUGUAUCCGAUGCAAGAGUCGUAACCCAAGUUACAUGCCAAACCUAGGAAAAGUAUUCGAAGUAACAUAUUGAACCAAUGAUCUAGUCAAAUCACUUUUGUAAAGAAUCUUAUGUUUUCAUAAGUACCAAUUCCAUUAAUAUUAAUUUAUUGAAUUCGCCGAAUUCAUUUAGUUCAAUUAAGAUGAAAACCAUUAAGUAUUGUACUUAUUUAUAUGUGUGUGUGUGUAUAAGAUGUAUGAAUUAAUUUAUUAUAUUGUAAGAAUUAAUUUAUGAAAAUGAAAUAUUAAAUUCACAAUGCACAAUGACCAAAGUGUUUUAAUCAUUAACAUAAAGUGGUUUCUUCCAAUAUUCGAAACCAAACAGAGGAAAAGUCUGAACAAUUCAAAAAAAGCG